AUGGGCCCGAAACCGCCUACUAGACGUCACUACAGUGCUUUCAGCGGUUGCGCAUACGCAUCCUCAUUUCAGUAUCGACCAAACUGCUCUUAUGAGCAGCUGGCGUUGAAGAACAGGAGGUGGAAGACGACAACAGAAGGGCCACGUCUUUUUAUAUAAAAAAAGAUAUAUUAAGACAAAUAAUUUCGUCGAGAAUUGAUUUUAAAUGAUUGCCGUCAGGAUUGGCUUGGGUAUCCUGUGCAACUUGUAAGAAGCAGCACUUUUAAUACAGGUGUGUGUUGUUGCACCUCAGCAUGGCUGUGGUCAUCCGUUUGCAGGGUCUUCCCAUUGUGGCUGGGACCAUGGACAUACGCCAUUUCUUCUCUGGAUUGACCAUCCCGGAUGGUGGUGUGCAUAUUGUAGGGGGCGAACACGGUGAGGCUUUUAUCGUGUUCGCCACAGAUGAAGAUGCAAGGCUCGGAAUGAUGCGCACAGGGGGGGCAAUCAAAGGUUCAAAGGUGUCUCUGUUACUGAGUAGCAAAACCGAAAUGCAAAACAUGAUCGAACUGAGCCGUAGGCGUUUUGAAUCAGGAAGUGCCGAUGUGACCACAGGAAAUGGCAGUAGGCCAGGUCCACCGGUCAGCACUAGUGGAAGUGGAAGGGGCAACUUGUCAACUACUUCGCAAGGUUUUAGUAAUACGACUUCAUCUACAGCCACUACAGCAGUCUCGGCACACGAGUCUGCCAGCAACAAGACUGUCCCUACCUUUUCAGCCACUACCAUGGGAAACAUGCCCCCAAACUUUAAUAGUUUCAGCAGCCCAAAUCUUAUCUUGGGAUCCACUAUGACAACAUCCAUGUCAUCUUUGAACUCUGUACCCCCUCCUAUACCUCCCUUGCCCACCAUGCCAACUUUGCCUCCAAUGCCCCCCAUACCAGUUCCACCGCCAGUAUCCACAUUGCCUCCAAUACCGGCUGUUAAUCCCCUAACAUCAGUGGCUCCCAUCCCUCCCAUAGCACACAUGCCACACCUAUCCGCACUUCCUCCAUUUAACCCAGGUGUCCCGCCCCCAGGUGGUUUAGCUGCCUCGGGUCCAAUGUCUCUCGGAAAUCCAAAUCCGAUGUUCCUGAAUCCCUUGAACCCUCUAAACCCCCUCAACCUUCAACCUCAUUUGAAAUCGGCACCAACAAACCCAGAUGAGUUGUAUAUUCAUCUGCAUGGCCUUCCAUUUUCAGCCAAUGAAAAUGAAGUUAGAGAUUUUUUUCAGGGAUUUGGGAUUGAGUCGGUUCGUUUGCUCAAAGACCACUUGGGAAGAAACAAUGGCAAUGCGUUGGUAAAGUUCUUCUCUCCCCAAGAUUCUUUUGAGGCCUUGAAAAGGAAUUCAGGAAUGAUAGGCCAAAGAUUUGUUGAGAUUUAUCCUGCUACAGAGAGACAGUGGAGAGAAAGUGUACACACAGGCCCUGGUGAAGCAAGAGGUGACUUAGAUUUUAGUAGACAUCAUCGCAGAAGUGUCGGCUCGCCAUCACCCUCUGGGCGCGACAGAGCUAGAUCCCGGUCCCCCCAUAAAUUAGAAUUCUGUGUGUAUUUGAAGGGACUCCCAUAUGAGGCAGAGAACAAGCAGAUCUUUGAGUUUUUCAAAAACCUUGACAUUGUUGAAGACAGCAUUUACAUUGCAUAUGGACCCAAUGGCAGGGCAACCGGUGAGGGAUUUUUGGAGUUCAGAAAUGAAGCGGACUACAAAGCUGCCCUUGGAUGCCACAUGCAGUACAUGGGUAGCCGGUUCAUACAGGUGCACCCUAUCACAAAAAAAAACAUGUAUGAAAAGAUAGACGCGAUUCGCAAACGAAUGCAGGGUUUCCAGGGCGAUUACAAAAAUAGCGCAGAUGGGAAGAAUGCCAAGAAUUGUGCUCACAUAACAAACAUCCCCUAUAACGUUACAAAAAAAGAUGUCCGUCUGUUUCUUGAUGGGAUUCAGUUGGUUGAGGAAAGUCUAAAGGUGCUGGUUGAUGCUAAUGGUAAUGGGCUUGGCCAAGCUAUUGUGCAGUUUAAAUCUGAGGAGGAUGCACAUAAAGCAGAGAGACUACACAGGCAAAAGUUAAACGGCAGAGAUGCCUUUGUGCAUUUGAUAACUUGUGACCAGAUGAAAGAGGUUGAGAGAAAUCCUCCUUCACAGUCUAAAAGAGGACAGAAAGGGAAUUCUUAUACCCAUGCACAUUCACAGGCACAGCCCCAAAUUCCACAACCCCCGCAUGCUUUUCCAGGUAUGACAGGAGAUGAGUUCAGUUUUCUCAGGAAUGCUGUAGGAGCCCUUGGCAAUGGUCCCCCGUUUGCCAAUCCUUUUGUAGCCCCAGGUAACUGCCUGGCAGGUCCGCCACCUUUGCCACCGCUUGGUGCACCCUUGGGUGAUGUCGCGCUUGCUGGUCCCCCACCAAUGGUCGGAGGGCCUUUACCUGUUCCUAUUUUAGAGCACCCUGGUUUCAGACCUGGUGUUAACGGUGUGCCUUCUGGCUUCAUUGGCGCACCAGAGGCAUUAAGGGGUAUGCCACCUUUUGAUAAUGGAUCUUCACAUAAAGCAGUUGGCCAAAAUCGUGGAGCGAGCCAAGGUCAGAGGCCAGCCUCUGAAAAUCUUAGAGGGCCAUCCAGCGGUGGUCCAGGUAAUCCACGUCCUACUAUUGUCAAAAUUCAGAACAUGCCCUUUACUGUCACUGUUGAUGAGAUCAUUGAUUUCUUUUAUGGAUAUCAAGUGUUGCCUGGUUCUGUCUGUUUGCAAUUCAAUGAGAAAGGUUUGCCCACGGGGGAAGCAAUGGUUGCUUUUGACUCCCAUGAUGAAGCAAUGGCUGCUGUUAUGGACCUGAAUGAUCGGCCGAUUGGGGCGAGGAAAGUUAAGAUCACUUUGGGAUGAAAAACAUUUUAGUCAUUGCGAAUGGUCUUUUCUAAUAACACAGAUUUCUGAAUAAUUACCUACGCUUAUGUUUUUAUGCACAGAAAAAGAAACUGACAAGUAUUCAAUAUUUUUUCUGUAUGUAUAAAAGAUCGUAGAAGUUACAUGAAGCAUGAAACAAUUGAGGACAAAGUUUCUUCUAAAAUUCCUCUAAAGAGUUUUGUAAUAAAGACUGCAUGCCAAUCAUGAGUUAGUCCAGAUCUGAAAAGGCGCAUCUUAGUGGUAUGUUCAAGUAGCUAUGCUGGAGCAUAUUAGUUGGCCCGUAUGAUUUGAACUCCCAGAAUUCUUUGUUUUGUAUUUCUGCUCAAGUUUGAACAUUUUUCUCAUGUGAUGUUUCAUCUUGCCGCAUCCACUCAUUUCUUUCUGAGGUACGAACCAAGUGCUGCCAAGCAUUGUGUCCACACUUCAGUUUAAAUGUUUGCUCUCUGCUGAAAGAUGUUUUCCUCUGUCAAUAAAAUGCAAAUGUCAGUGUCUUUAUGAAUAUCUGUUGCCGUCACAUCGGAUUGCUUUAAAAACCUGAGAUGUCAAGCCAAUACUUUACUGUAAAUGCUAAGCGGGUUUGUGAAGCAAAUGCGGCAUUGUAAUGUUAUGUAUAUGAAAGCAUUUUACUGUUGUUUUUUUGCCUUGCUCUCUUCACAAUGUUUGCUGUGGUGUUUGAUAAUGGCUUUCUUCCUUUUUUGGAUGUUUGGUUUUUUUAGUGUUCAUGAAUUGGAUCAGUUGUUAGUUUAUUUCGACUUUCCAGCGCUUGUUUUCCUUGUAAAUAUUUUCCAACUGAUCUAUUUUGUCAAUAAAAUGCCAUUCCUGAAAUAAUGACACGUCAAGGUAUUGUAUUUUCUCCUGUCUUGGUAUUUUUGUUUUGUUCACAUAUGAACAAUAAAGUGUUUUGCUGUGA